AUGUAUUGUGAGAGGGAGGGGAAGCAAUGGAGUUGUGGAAAAGCUGGUACUGUGAAUUUGCGAAAAGUGAGCUCGUUAGUGCGCGACAUUCGAGAGCCUUGCCUUUCUCAUUCUCCUGUAAAGGUAAACAGAAUGCUUAAGCCAGACAUAUGGGAAGCUUUGUCUGAUAGUGAAGGAAAGGUUUUAGGAUUCCGGAAGGCACUGAAAUUGGUGGUGUUAGGGGGUGUAGAUCCAUCAAUUAGACCCGAAGUUUGGGAGUUCUUACUAGGUUGUUAUGCACUGAGCAGCACUGCUGAGUAUCGGCGAAGGCUGAGAACAGCUAGAAGGGAGCUUUACAGGAACCUGGUUAAGCAAUGUCAAGCAAUGCAUUCAAGUGUGGGAACUGGUUCAUUGGCAUAUGUAGUUGGAUCCAAAGUAAUGGAUAUGAGGACCUCCUCUAAAGAUGAACAUAAAAUCGAAGCUAAACUGGAAAGAUCAAUAUCUAAUGAUAAUAAUGUUGAAGUAGAACAGUGUCAUGGCAGGAGCAUUAUUUGUGCUGAGGCAGCAAACACGCGUCAUCAUGAAAGCUCUGGUAAUUGGGCUGACCAAGUUAAUCUGAGAGCAAGCAUAGGUAGGGCAGUUUAUGAUUCUUCUGGUCAUCUAUGCUGCAGUUCCCCAAAGACAGGGAGAGAACCAGAUGGAUCACAUAAUAUGAUUGACAGUAGUUUUGAUUUUCCUCCUUUACCCGUCACCGAUCUGUUUGAAAAGAGCGAUGAAGAUAAAAACUCGGUCACAGAGCAUGGCAAUAAACUUUCUGCACGAUGUAACCUAAGAUUUGAAAAUGACUCAAUGCAUAGCUUCGAUGUCAAUAACAAUGUAGACUUAGUUAUUGAAUCAAAUGGCCAAUCUGUUACUACCUUCCAUCCUGUAAACUCUGAAAUUGAAAUUGCUUCAGCUGAUGAAGAUGAACCAGAAUUUUCACCUGACAAUCCAGUUUAUGAAACACCGAUAGUAAGUCAACUAAAAAUAUCAGAUGUACCACAGCCAACGAUGACAAGUGCCUCGAUGUCUCAAGGAUGGGCUGCCAGUGAAGAUAGAGUAUCAGAAUGGCUUUGGACUUUGCACAGGAUAGUUGUUGAUGUUGUGAGGACCGAUAGUCAUCUUGAAUUCUAUGAGGACAGGAGAAAUUUGGCUAGAAUGUCGGAUAUCCUUGCUGUCUAUGCAUGGGUUGAUCCUGCAACGGGGUAUUGUCAAGGUAUGAGUGAUUUGCUGUCUCCCUUUGUGGUAAUCUUUGAGGAUAACGCGGAUGCAUUUUGGUGUUUUGAGAUGCUUUUGAGAAGAAUGAGAGAGAAUUUUCAAAUGGAAGGCCCAACUAGGGUGAUGAAGCAGUUGCAAGCAUUAUGGCAUAUUCUUGAGCUGUCAGACAAAGAACUUUUUGCCCACCUAUCAAAAAUUGGUGCUGAAAGCCUUCAUUUUGCAUUUCGUAUGUUGCUAGUUCUCUUUCGGAGAGAGUUAUCGUUUAAUGAGGCUCUUUCAAUGUGGGAGAUGAUGUGGGCAGCUGACUUUGAUGAAUCCUGGACAUAUGAUUUAGAGGAGAAUUGUCCGGAAGCAUUGGAUUUACAUCUUCCCAGGGACUCAAGCAGUUAUAGAAAAGAAGCAAUUUCUGAUUCUGAUGAUAGUAUCAAGAGUGGUUCACAGUCAAAUCAUAAUGAAAAUGACAGCACAAAAACUAGUCCGCAGCUACAUCACGGGAACACUGAUCACCCUGUAUCUGAUGUCAAAUUGAAGUUGCAAUCCAAUACCUUUUGUGGCCUGGCAAGGAAUAUCUGGCCAAGAAAUGAUCGAGUUCGAACGAGAAUAAUUUCCUCCUUUGCAAGGAAAGGAAACGAUGAAUUAGCCACCUUCUGCGUUGCAGCAAUUCUUGUUUUAAACCGCCAGAAGAUUAUUCGAGAAACCCACUCGUUCGAUGAUAUGAUAAAGAUUUUCAAUGACAAUAUGUUGGAGAUCAAUGUAAAAAGAUGCAUAAGGACAGCAAUCAAACUCCGAAAGAAAUAUUUUAACAAGGCAACCAAGAAAAAGAACCGCGCUGCAGAAAAAAGGGACUAG